GUGUGGUGGCGAUUCUUCCCAACUGCUUGUCGUUUUUCGCGUUCCAUCCAUCGCUGCGAACCAAGUGCGUGCGGCGUGCAGGUGAGAGUGGUGAUAAUGAUGGAACAGACGAAGCAGCAGGAGGCGGAGAAGCAGCAGGUGGAGGGCGUGGCGGCAUUGAACAUACAACAAGACAGCACAGACGACGCAAGUAUCAUGCCGCCAUCGAAGGAGCAGCAGCCCGCAGCGGAGGAAGCGCCUCAGCAUGGCGCUGUUGCGGUGAGCGCGCGGCGAUCCCUGACAUUGGACCUUGAGCUGCGACCGGUCAAGGAGGCAGACACCGCAGAACAGCUGCUUCCCUUGCUUGAGCAGCUUUCCACCGUUGGCGACGUCCCCCCACAGUUCUUCAAGGUGCGACAGGAGGCCGUGCUGCAGGAUGAGAACACAAUCAUGGUCGUCAUCGAAGACUUGCGGGCAAAGAAGCUCGUUGGCUGCGGUACCAUCCUCGUUGAGCCAAAGUUUAUCCACGCUGGCGGCUUCGUUGCCCAUCUUGAAGACCUCGUCAUCGAGCGCGGCCUGCGAUCAAAGGGCCUUGGGAGCUGGAUUGUCAACAGUCUCAUGAAGGUGGCCGAGGAGCGUGGAUGCUACAAGAUGCUGGUUGACUGUUCAGAGGAGAAUGUGCCCUUCUACAAGAAGAACAACUUCAAGCACAAGGGCACGUGCAUGACACUCUACUUCCCCGAAACUGCCGCAUCAGGCCAACUUCGACACAUCCAGGUCGCACCGGAGGACUUUAGGGACGAGUUCGUCGUGCGUCAGCUCCACAUUGACGACAUCAAGAAGGGCUACCUUGAGCUGCUGGCGCAGUUGACGGUGGUGGGCAAUGUUCCUGCGGACGUGUGCGCGCGCCGCAUCGCACAGGCGGAACGCAACAACUGCUUCUUCAUCGUCAUCGAACACAAAGAAAAGGGCCAGAUUGUCGGGGCGGGAACGCUGCUGGUUGAGCAGAAGUUCAUCCGCAGCGCGGGAUUCGCGGGCCAUCUCGAAGACGUUGUUGUCGACGCCGCAAUCAGAGGCAAAGGGCUUGGCACAAAGAUUAUUUCGUAUCUGACGGAACUGGCGCGGAAAGUUGGCUGCUACAAGUGCAUCUUGGACUGUGACGACCACAACGUGCCGUUUUACGAGUACUGUGGCUACAGCAAGGGCCACUCGCCCGCGUUUAUGGCAAAAUACUUUGAGUGAUGAGCUGAGUUGUAGCGUGUGUGUUGUGUAUUUUGUGUGUGUGUGUGUGUGUGUGUGUGUGCGUGUUGUGUAGUUUGGGUGUUGUAUUUUGGUUGUGUGUGUAUGCAUAUGUGUGUGUGUGUCGUAAUCAAACUUCGAGACACAAGGAGAAAGGGAGAGGAGACGUGAUAUUGUGUAUCUUGUUGCUGUUGUUGUUUGUUGAUUGAGGACCACACGCGUGUGCGUACACGUGUUUGUCGUCAAACGUGUAUGAUCACCAUUACAUGCCUGCAGCGUGG